AUGCGGAGGCAAAAUCCGACGAAAAAUUCGAAUUUCUCGAUGAAUUCAACCCGCCAACUCAUAGACUCCCUUACAUCCCAUCUUUCUCUGUACAAUUCAAGCUGCCCAAACCCGAAUCCAAAUUCUAACCCUAAAUGGCGAUCCUCUAUAAUCAAAUGGUUCUCAUCGCUCACCGUCCAUCAACGCCAAGCUCACCUCACCGCCGUUGAUUUCAAGUUUGCUCAAAUUCUCCUCCAAAUGCUCCACAAGCUCCGCUCCAAUGGUAACGGCUGCUUCUUCGUCUUGCCGGACGUUCCCGGCGAUCCAACAUCUCGUGAUCACCUUGCAUGCAGCAGCCAUAGCCUCCCGAGCCUCUGUUUCCGGAAGUCUCACGGGCUCUUGGCUCGGGUUGCGGACUCAAAUGAAUCGGAACAGGCAAUUCGCGACUCGGUUCGACUGUUCAGCUCAAAAGAAGGGGAAAACGUUGCGGACUUUUUGAGGUUAGGGGGAAACGAUUGUAUUGAUUCCAUGACUGUGAGCGAGGAGUUUGUGGAGAAUGUUGAUAGGUUUGUAGGAAUAAUGGAUGACGUUUCUGAUGGGGCAUUUUUGAAGGGGGAGGAGAGUGGGGAGCUGGCUGCGGAAUGGUCAGAAAUGGAAUGGUUGAAGGCUAAGGGGUACUAUACUAUGGAGGCUUUUGUGGCGAAUAAGUUGGAGGUGGCAUUGAGGUUGGCUUGGUUGAAUUGUAAUAACAGUGGCAAAAAAAGGGGUGUCAAAUUGAAGGAGAAGAUCAAUGCUGCUUGCUCAGCGGUCAAUAUGUUCUGGAGGAAGAAGGGAUGUAUAGAUUGGUGGGUCAACUUGGACGAGGAAAUAAAGAAGAAGGUGUUUCGAAUCACAGUAGCAAAAGCAGCAAAAUGUCUGAGUGCUGAAACUUUUAAAGGUAAACACAGUGUGGAGGUCAACAGGUUGCUCUGUAGUCAUCUACCUGGUGAACAACCACUGGGACUGAAAAAGUUCUUGCCUGAUGGGGAAAGCAUUCUCUGUAAUCAAGGACCAGAUGCAAGAAAUGGGUUCAGUAGGACUUCUAUUGCAUUUGAAUAUCCUUCUCAACUGAAAUGCAUGUACAGUAGUUUGGUGCUUCUUCAAGAUGCUUACUUUAUGUUGGCAGCAUAUCAGCAUUGUGGUUAUGAUGCAGACAAAAUGUUUUUUAGCUCCCUGAAUUCUAUCUCUACAACUACUGACUGCAUGCUGAGGAAAAUGCGGGAAAUACUGAUGGUGAUUUCUCUUGAUUGCACAAAAUUUGAGCUACUUGAUGAAGGAACUACUAAUUUAUCAACAAAGAAACAAAAGGAGAAGCUUGCUGCUAGUAAUCACAAGAAAAAAGCGAAGAAUCGCAGUGCAAAGAAGCUUCAUUCGGUGGCUAGAUCUUCGGGAAAUGACAACUCACCCGUUAAACCUGCAAAGGAAAAUGGUACUGGACUUGCAUGCAGCCGAAGUACCUUUCGCCCAUCAUCCGAGCUUGUCAAUGAAUCCCAAGCAUGCAGUAACAGAGAUAAGAAAGGAAAUAUUCAAAACCCUCCAAGGAAGAAGAGUAAGAAAGAGAAAAACAAGCAUAAAAGUUCCUGUUCUCAAAGAUCUGCAGAAAUUGAAUGUUGUGAAACCAGAGAGGGCAAAGCUGCAUCGGUUCCUGUUUUACACCAGGGUGGGGUUCUAAAUUCUAAUUGCAUAGCUGAAGAUCCAGUAGUUGAUAAUGGAUCUAAUAGCAUAUCCAAUGUAGGCUGUAAGAGUUCUGGCUUGAAGAACUGCCAGAUAGCUAAAUUGACAUCAUCGACUAAUGGAGCAGGUGCCUGUGCUGAGACUGCUGGAGAUGGAGCGCAUGAGGCAACUACUCCAGUAGUUCAUCUGAAUGGUCAGCCGGGCUGCAUGGAUGUAGAUAGUGCAAAUUGCAAGCAGCAAACUGAAGUGGUCACUAAACUAAUACCUUCUGGUAAACUCAGUGAAGAUUGUAGUUCAAAAGAAAAAUCUAUUCCCCUUCGAGGACAUGGGGGUUAUAGUGUGUGUGAUAUGGGUAUCAUUAAUUCUUCUACUUACAUCUCUUAUGAAUGGCCGAGUGUACCUCCUCCACAGCUUCCACUUUUUCAUGCACAUCUCCCAGCUGCUACAGAUAGAUUGCACCUGGAUGUUGGUUACAAUUGGCAUAAUCAUUUCCAUCAACCCAUAGUCCCAGCAGUACAUAGAGUGAGAAAUGCUUCAGUUGAGAAUGGGUGUGGUGGUGUGGUAUCUCGACCAGUUCCAAUGAGCUUAGACUGGCCUCCAAUUGUGCGUGGUGUCAAUGGAGUCAACCCAUCAGUUGCUUGCAACUAUGAUUCAGGAUUCAUAUCAAGGCGUCAAAAUUCUAUUCAGCAGAGUUUUUCAGCUUCAAGUGCGCACUGCAGCAUGAUAAACUCAGAGGAUGAUGUAUUGGAUUUUUCUGAUGAUCAGGAAAAUCAGUGGAUGUCUGAAGAAGAGUUAGAGCUGCAUGCAGUGUCUGGAAUGGAUUAUAAUCAAUAUUUUGGGGGUGGUGUGAUGUACUGGAAUCCUUCUGAUUUUCCAGGGAGCAGCUUUUCCCGUCCCCCUUCUCUUAGUUCAGACGACAGCUCAUGGGCUUGGCGUGAAGCAGAUAUCAGUCGAGCUGUAGACGAUAUGGUUGCUUUUUCUUCGUCUUACAGUACAAAUGGAUUGACGUCACCAUCGGCUGCGCCAUUUUCUUCUCCUUUCGACCCGGUAGGUCCAGGAAAUCAGCCUGUGGGUUAUGUUUUAUCUGACAGUGAAAUAGGUGGUAAAAUUCUCCAUUCCUCAGCAACGGUGGCGGAUUUCGUUGCAGAUGAGAAUAUUUCUGGAUCUUUAACUUCCAUGUCUGUUGAUGGUGAGGCAAAGGCUGGAGAUUCACUUCAUUACCCUAUUUUGCCACCAAUAAUUAUCCCAAGUCUUCCAAGAGAUUUGCCAAAAUCAGAUACCAAGCGCAAUGAUCAUAAAAGCCCAUGUGUUCCUCCUAAUGGCCGGGAACAUCGGAUUAAGAGACCACCUUCACCAGUAGUCCUUUGCGUUCCUCGUGCUCCUCGUCCACCCCCUCCCUCUCCUGUUGGUGAUUCAAGAAGACAUAGGGGAUUCCCUACUGUUCGGUCUGGUAGCUCUAGCCCACGACAUUGGGGUAUAAAGGGCUGGUCGCAUGACGGAAUUAAUUUUGAAGAAGCUUGUAUGAGGAUGGAUGGUAGUGAAGUAGUUUGGCCUUCUUGGAGGAAUAAAAGCCUACAAGCCCGCAAGUUAACACAGCCUGUACCGGGGGCUUUACUCCAAGAUCGCUUGAUUGCAAUAUCCCAACUGACUCGUGAUCAGGAACAUCCGGAUAUCGCAUUUCCUUUGCAACCUACCGAUUUGCAUGCCUGUUCUGCUCCUAAGGCAUCUAUUUCUGUGAUCCAUACCCUCCUUCACAAUGAAAUUGACACUUUAUGCAAGCAGGUUGCUUCAGAAAAUUUUAGUAUGAAGCCUUCGAUCAAUUGGGCUGUCAAGCGAGUCACACGGUCCCUGCAAGUAUUAUGGCCUCGAUCAAGGACCAACAUUUUUGGUUCUAAUGCUACCGGGUUGUCUCUUCCCUCAAGUGAUGUGGAUCUUGUGGUCUGUCUUCCUCCAGUGAGAAAUUUGGAGCCUAUAAAAGAAGCUGGUAUCUUAGAGGGGCGUAAUGGUAUCAAAGAAACUUGCCUACAGCAUGCCGCCAGAUACCUUGCUAAUCAGGAAUGGGUUAAAAAUGACUCUCUCAAGAUUGUUGAAAAUACUGCUAUACCUAUAAUCAUGCUCGUUGUGGAAGUCCCGCAAAGCCUGAUUGGAUCUUCCGCAGCUAAUGUCCUAGCACCCAAAAGAGAAUUGUUCCAAAACACUAGCGAGGAGAGCAACUCCUUUUUUGUCGAUCCCGCCAGAUUGGAGGCUAGUGGUUUGCUAGCGUGCCCUAAACUGAAGCAUGAGUGUGAUAAGGAUGUAAAACCAGUUCGUCUUGACAUUAGCUUUAAGUCCCCAUCGCAUACUGGACUUCAGACUACAGAACUGGUUAAAGAGCUCACAGAACAGUUCCCUGCUGCUAAACCUCUUGCAAUAGUGCUAAAGAUGUUUUUGGCAGAUCGUAGCUUGGAUCAAUCAUAUUCAGGGGGUUUAAGCUCAUAUUGUUUGUUGUUGCUGAUCAUACGUUUCCUGCAGCAUGAGCAUCAUCUUGGUCGAUCUAUAAGUCAGAACUAUGGGAGUCUCCUUAUGGAUUUUCUCUACUUCUUUGGGAAUGUCUUUGAUCCUCGCCAAAUGCGCAUCUCUGUACAGGGCAGCGGGAUGUACAUGAAAAGGGUUCAAGGUUGCAGCAUCGAUCCGAUCUACAUUGAUGACCCUCUUUUCCCUGCAAAUAAUGUUGGGAGAAAUUGCUUUCGGAUCCAUCAGUGUAUUAAGGCUUUUGCAGAUGCUUAUUCCACUCUGGAAAAUGAACUAAUCUGCCUACCCAGUAAUGAUGACUUGAAUGUUCUACCGCCCUGUAAACUACUUCCGAAAAUCAUUCCAAGUAUUGACCAUUCAGAUGGUUCCUAA